AUACAUUUCAUUAUAUUAUAUAUUUUAUAUUUUAUAUGUAUAAUUUAUCAUAUUUGUUUCUCCGAGAACCCAUAUAACCAAAGAGAGAGCCUGUGUUAAGGGCAAAAGAGAGCCUGUGUUAAGGGGAGAGAGGGUGGGGGAGAAGGAGAGAGAGUGUGUUUCUGAAUAAUCAAUCUGUUUAUUGAUUGAUGGAAUCUUGGUUACUUUAGUCUCUCUUGUUAUCGAGAUCAGAAGAGCGGGUGCUUCAUUCACUUUUAAUUCGAGUUGUAUCGUUUGUAUAGGCACUGAUUUAGAGACUAUUCAAAUGGCUGGAUCAGAUGAAAAUUGUGUUGAUGGAGUACAGCCCUCAAACACUCAAGGGAUUUUAAGGGGUGGUAGUGGGAAAUUUGCAACAGGAAUUGGGCACACUAGGAGGGCAUUGAGUACCAUUAAUCGGAAUGUAGUCGGAGCUGCACCAUAUCCAUGUGCAGUUAGCAAGAGAAGUGUAUUAUCUGAAAGACAUGCCAUUCCUAAUAAGCAUCCACCGAUUCCGGUCCAUAGACCAGUGACAAGGAAGCUUGCAGCUGCGCAAUCGUCAUGCAAGCAACAGCAGCAACCAGUAGUGCAGGAAACAAGGCCAUCACUACUAAUAGUCCCGACACCAAGUGAACCUAAAGAUUGUUCUAUAAUCGAUGUCGAUGAAUACAAUUUGCAUGAUGAUUAUCCUGUGCCCAUGUAUGUCCAACAUACAGAGGCUAUGUUGGAGGAAAUUGACAGAAUGGAUGCUGAAAUUGAAAUGGAAGAUGUUGGGGAGGAGGAACAGGUGUUGGACAUUGAUGGUGUAGACAAGAACAACACACUUGCCGUUGUUGACUAUGUCAAUGAUCUUUAUGCUCACUACCGGAGGGUAGAGAGUUCUAGUUGUGUUCCUCCUAAUUAUAUGAUUCAUCAAGCUGACAUAAAUGAAAGGAUGAGAGGGAUUCUGAUUGAUUGGCUGAUUGAGGUACAUUACAAGUUCGAACUAAUGGAGGAGACGUUGUAUCUUACUGUUAAUCUAAUAGACAGAUUCAUAGCCGUUCACCCUAUAGUACGGAAAAAGCUACAGCUUGUUGGGAUUACUGCCAUGCUACUUGCUUGCAAAUAUGAAGAAGUGUCUGUUCCUGUUGUGGAUGAUCUCAUAACGAUAUCUGACAAGGCUUACACUAGAUAUGAGGUUCUUGAUAUGGAGAAAUUAAUGGUUAACAAGCUUCAGUUUAACCUAUCAGUUCCUACUCCGUAUGUGUUUCUAAAGCGGUUUCUUAAAGCUGCUCAGGGUGAUAAUAAGCUGGAGCUUGUAGCGUUCUUUAUAACAGAGCUUUCGUUGGUGGAAUAUGAGAUGCUGAAGUAUCCACCCUCCCUGUUAGCAGCUGCUGCUGUCUUCACGGCUCAAUGUACGCUUGGCAGGGCAAGGCAGUGGAGUAGGACUUGUGAAAUGCAUACCAGUUACCAUGAAUGUGAACUACUGGAAUGUUCGAAGCUGAUGGUUACUUAUCAUCAGAAUGCAGCCACUGGAAAGCUCACAGGCGUGCACCGAAAGUACAGUACGUCUAAAUAUGGCUAUGCUGCUCGAUUAGAACCUGCUUACUUCCUGUUAGAUGGUAGAUUUUAAAGCAACAUGGCUGGAUUUAAAGAACGAGCCAGAUUUACUAAUAUUACUUUUUUUCUUUUCGGGUGGGGGGUAAAUGAGCAACUGAAGUUGCCCUUGGGUGGUGAUUUCAUUGACUUCAGUAUUCUGAACUUGUUUAUUCUGUUUUCUUUGAAGUCUUUCUGACUUGUGGAUGUUCUUUUCUGUUUUGAAGUGCUGUUUUGGCCAAUAAAGUAUUUCCUCCCAUUUGGGCCUUGGUACAUA